GCCCACGGCCCCGUGACGGCCCGCAAGCCAGUGCAGCAGGAGGCCGCGCCGCCGGCCGAGAAUGGCGGUCCCGGCAGGAACGAGAGCGGGAGCGGGAGCGGGAGCGGGAGCUGGAGCUGGAGCUGGAGCGCUCUCUGAAGGCCCACACCGUCGAGGUCUCGGCAGGCGGCUUCCACGGCAGGAAGGUCUCCCUGUGGGAGCUCCUCUUCUCCACGUACGUCUCCGAGGCAAAGAGGCAGGAGCUGCUGGGGCAGGUCCGUGCCGGGAGCCUGGCGCUGGACGCGCUGGCAAGGCUCCUCACCAUCCUCAUCGAGGAGGCGGUGGAGCGGAGCAGCAAGGUGAAAUUCACGGGCCUCAGGAGGCAGGUGACCGCCUCGGACCUGGUCGACUCGGGCAUCAUCGACAAGGACACGCUGGCCGACCUCGUCCAGGGCUCCAAGACGGUGCAGGAGGUGACGGAAAUGGCCUCUGUCAAGCGCUACCUGGACGGCACGGGCUGUAUCGCUGGCGUGCUGGUGCCCUCCAAGGCCGACCCCGCCAAGAUGGAGAAGAUGAGCAUCUACCAGGCCAUGUGGAAGGGCAUCCUGCGGCAGGGCACGGCUCUGGUGCUGCUGGAGGCGCAGGCGGCCACCGGCUUCGUCGUCGACCCGCUCAACAACAAGAAGCUCUCCGUGGACGAGGCCGUCUCCUCCGGGCUGGUGGGCAGCGAGCUGCACGAGAAGCUCCUGUCGGCCGAGAGGGCCGUGACGGGCUACACCGACCCCUACACCGGCGACCAGAUCUCCCUCUUCCAGGCCAUGAAGAAGGAGCUCAUCGUCAAGGAGCACGGCAUCCGCCUGCUCGAGGCCCAGAUCGCCACCGGCGGCAUCAUCGACCCCGUGCACAGCCACCGCCUGCCCGUGGAGGGGGCCUACCGGCGCGGCUUCUUCGACCAGGAGAUGAACCAGAUCCUCUCUGACCCCGAUGACGACACCAAGGGCUUCUUUGACCCCAACACCCACGAGAACCUCACCUACAUGCAGCUCCUGCGUCGCUGCGUGCCCGACCCGGACACUGGUCUUUAUUUCCUUAAUAUUUUUUGAAAACUACUGUAAGACCUUUUGCAUUUUUUUCUAUGUUAUUGCAUUGGUGGAGAAUUUU